CCGCGCUGCGUGCCGGGAGAUGUAGUUCGGCCGUUCGGAGAUGCCGCAGAGUGCCGGAAGUGGGCGGGGCGGGCUGGCCGGGUCAGGCCGCGGCUGGAGGCUGGUAGAGCGGCUGUGUCACCAGGAAGAUCCCGAGGCUCGGGCACAGCACAGGCCGCACCUGCCGGGAGGAGGGAUGGGAUGUGACGGGCGGCCGGACAGGUGACGCCGAGGCGGGAGGUGAGGCGCAGCCAUGGAAGACAGGACUGUGGGCACUGAGCUGGUGAAGAUCGAGGCCUCAGACAUGAUGCCUGACCAGCCGCGGGUGGAUUUACAGCUGCAGGGCCAGCUUAAGUGCGAGCCGCCGUUAGAUGCAGACGGCGUGGUGUUGCGGGAGUCCAUGGACUGCCUGGUGGAUUACAACUUGGGAACCCAGCUCACGGUGGAGCAGGAGAUACAGAUCGGGGACGCUGCCCCACCGUGUCUGAGCUACGAUAUGAGUUUCCUGCCUAAGAAGACCCCUAAACCGCGGCAGAGGAAACUCUCCGGAGAACGUAACUUUACCUGCGGACAGUGCAGCAAAAGCUUCCUGCGUAGCACUGACCUGGCCAAGCACGAGAAAGCCCACGCGGACGAAAGAACGUACGUGUGCAACAUCUGCGGGAAGAACUUUCGCAGGCACACGUCGUUGCUGAUCCACGCACGCAUCCAUACCGGCGAGCGUCCCUACCAGUGCACCCAGUGCGGGAAGAGCUUUAUCCAGAGGCAGCACCUCACCACCCACCAGCGGACACACACGGGGGAGAAGCCGUUCCAGUGCAUCGAGUGUGGGAAAGGCUUCCGAUGGAGGUCCGAGCUCCUCAAACACCAGAAGAACCACACGGAAAAGUCCAUAGGGUUUGAUGACCUGGCCUCCUCUUUCUCUAAAGAAGAAUGGAUGGAGCUGGAGGAAUGGCAGAAGGAACUGUACCGGAACGUCAUGAAGGAGACCUCCGAGACUUUAAUUUCACUUGGUGAAGGCUUGGUGGAGAAGGCCAUCAUUGAGAAGACCCCAGAUGACCUGGACCCCGCUGCCAGCUUGGCCGUAGAGUGCGCCAACAGCUUGCCGCUGUGUGCAGAAGGGGCGGUGGCGUGCAGCAACGCUCUGAGCGCCGGGGAAGGGCCACUAGGGCAGACCGCGGACGUUGCUGAGGGGAAGGCAGCGGCAUUCACAGACGGAGUGGAUAAAAUGCGCAUGAAAUUUCUAGACCGGCCGAACGCCAACAACGCAGAUCGGGCUCACGCCUGCGCUGAAUGUGGCAAAGUGUUCUACAACAAGCGGACGCUGAAAGCUCACCUGAGGGCUCACCUUGGGGAAAGGUCAUACAUUUGUAACGUGUGCGGGAAGUGCUUCAGGCGGCACACGUCGCUACUCAUCCACGAGCGCAUUCACACCGGAGAACGUCCUUACCACUGCACCCAGUGCGGCAAGAGCUUCGUACAGCGCCAGCACCUCAACACGCACCAGAAAACCCACACCGGGGAGAAGCCCUUUCAGUGCCAGGAGUGCCGCAAAGGCUUCCGCUGGAGAUCGGAGCUGGUGAAACACCAAAAGGUCCACGAGGAUGAGGUCGCUGACACCUCCAUUAAGGAAGAACGGGGGGACUCGGACAGCUGUGAGCAGGACGUAGGAGGCACUAAUGCAGGUGAUCGCCCCAAAAGCCUUCCAGCGAAGCACAGAAGCGCUGGGAAAAGGCGCCCCCGUAAUCCCAAAGCGGACAAGGCCCACGCCUGCGCCGAGUGCGGGAAAAUCUUCUACAACAAGCGGACGUUGAAGGCUCACCUCAGGGCUCACCUCGGGGAGAGGUCGUACAUCUGCAAUGUCUGUGGGAAGUGUUUCCGCAGACACACGGCGCUGCUGAUCCAUGAACGAAUUCACACCGGAGAACGGCCCUACAAGUGUCUGCAGUGCGGCAAGAGCUUCAUCCAGCAGCAGCAUCUCACCACGCACAAGAGAAUUCACACCGGGGAGAAACCCUUUCCCUGCCAGGUCUGCGGAAACAGCUACCGCUGGAGAUCCGAGCUGGCCAAACAUCAGAAGGUCCACGAGAAGGAGAGUUCUGCAAACAGCUUGGAGGACGGCCAGAAAGAGACGACAGGACGGAAGCGUCGCUACAAACGGGAGGGACAAGGUCCCCUGGGAGCCCUUGAGAGAGGCAAAGCUCUGGGCAAGCGGGCACGGAUGUUACUGCGGCAGCGGGCACAGAAAGGGGACCGGGCUCUUUCCUGCCAAGAGUGUGGCAAGAACUUCCUGAACAAGAGGACGUUGCGCUCCCACCAGCGCGUGCACACUGACGAGCGCUCCUACAUCUGCAACGUGUGUGGGAAGAGCUUCCGUAGGCACACCUCACUCUUGAUCCACGAACGGAUCCACACGGGGGAGCGGCCGUACCAGUGCGCUCAGUGCGGAAAGUCGUUCAUACAGCGCCAGCACCUCACCACCCACCUGAAGACGCACACCGGCGAGAAACCAUUCCAGUGCUCCCAGUGUGGCAAAGGCUAUCGCUGGAGGUCGGAGCUGGUGAAACAUCAGAAGGUCCACGAGGAGGAGGAGACUCUCCUGUCCAGCAUGGACGCCUCCUGCAAGACUGAGAAGGAGACUUUCCUGGAGGACGAUUGGAAGGCCAUCAAUGGUGGCCAAACACAGCAGAGCACGUGCCGAGAGCCUGGAGGUGAUGGGACUGCCACUAGCAAGGACCGCGGUGCGCGGUCAGGACGUCCGGCCCAGGAGCGCCUCUUCCCAUGUACUCAGUGUGAGAAGAGUUUCCUGAGAAGCUCCGACCUGGUGAGGCACCAGCGGAGUCACCUGGGAGAGCGGCCUUACGUGUGCAACCAGUGCGGGAAGUGCUUCAGGCGCAACACGUCUCUGCUCAUCCAUGAGAGAAUCCAUACCGGAGAGCGGCCGUACCAGUGCGCACAGUGCGGCAAGUCCUUCGUGCAGCGACAGCACCUCACCACCCACUUGAAGACGCAUACUGGGGAGAAGCCCUUCCCGUGCACGCUCUGCGGCAAGAGCUAUCGCUGGAGGUCCGAGCUGGUCAAACACCAGAGAGUCCACAGUGGGGAGGCCUCGGUGUCUUUCGAUGACGUUGCUGUGUGUUUCUCGGAUGAAUGGAAGGAUUUGGAAGACUGGCAGAAGGAGCUGUACCGGAACAUGAUGAAGGAAAGUGCAGACUCCCUCAUAUCUCUGGCAGGAGAAGUCUGGAUCAAUAAGAACGGCAAGGAGAUGCCCCCCGAGAGGAAUCCUGACGAUCUUGAACUGUCCUGUGACUCCAAAGAGCACAUUCCCCUUGGUGCAGAUCUGGGUUCCGAGGUGAAUAAAUUCGGUGUCCCCCAGGAACUGAGAGACUUCUCCAGUCACUCCCUCCAGAGUGAUGAACCGCACACGUCUGCCGAUGCUCUGCGGGGCUUCCGGCAAAGCCUGCAGUUUCUGGACCAGCGCCGCGUGCCGCGGGAGAAACUCUUCCCUUGCAGCGAGUGUGAGAAACGUUUUUCCCGGAACUCAGAUUUGCUGAAGCAUCAGAGGAGUCACCAGGCAGGAGAGAAACCGAACUUGUGCAACGAGUGCGGGAAAAUAUUCCGCCGCCGCACGGCCUUACUCAUCCACAAGCGCAUCCACACCGGCGAGCGGCCCUAUAAGUGCAAGCAGUGCGGCAAGUGCUUUGUGCAGCGGCAGCAUCUCACCACUCAUGUCAAGACUCACACCGGGGAGAGGCCGUACCCCUGCAACCAGUGCGGCAAAAGCUACCGCUGGAGGUCGGAGCUAAACAAACACCAGAAGGUCCACGCAAAUGUGUUGGGACCACCAAUUGAUUACAUCCAGGGCUAGAAACGCAGUGUGAGCGAGUAACAGGCCGAGGACCGUCCCUGACCGUGCACAGUAAUAAGAGGAACGGACAGUGUAAUUGCUCUGCGUUCUGCAGUUUGUGCUCUGCAAUGUACACUAACAACGCACACUAAAUCCGGGGGGACCUGAACUGAAGUGCAAAGCGGACGUAUUGGGGAUAAUAGUAUUAUGCAUUCCUAGACGGGAUGUAAUCAGGGAGGUUCCUGCGCAUUUCAUACCGUUAGUGACCCGACGGCUGGAUCACCCGGACUUUGUCUUCUGUCCGGCACUGUGCUGCUCUGGAUGGGGACACAGACCCUGAGAAGUUCCUGCAUUGGUGCUGUUAUUACUGUGAUGUACUAGACACUAAACCCUUCCGCCCAUAGGCCAUGCACAGUCCUAUAAUCUGAGCAUUCUGAAAGGGGGUGUUGGGGGGGGGGCACUCCAUUCGGUUUCUUAGGUGCAAUACACGGUUACUACAAGGUGACCAAAAAGACUUGCCAAACCUCACAGGAGCCUUUUUGUUUUUAUGUUCUCCCCAGCCCCGCUGUCUGCAAGUGGAAGCCUCCAUCCUGCAUUCACCAGUAUUUUCCACUUGUUGUACAUAGCAUCAGCGGGUCACUAUAAGGGACUGCCAGAAUCUGUCUCAGAUAGGUGGCGAUUGGUGAAUUCCCCUGGUAGACUAUCUCUCUGUGCCAGGGGUAAAUGUGGGAGGUUCAGAGGCUGCGCUGACGUACGCAUUGCUUAUCGUAUCCUGUCCAUGCGUCUAUGGGUUGUCAUUCUAAUCGGACAAUCUCCUAAAGUAUGGGCGCAAAUGACAAUCGGCCGCAUACUCCCAUACGCCGGAAAUGGUCGUUCAGACAAGCCGGUUAAAUCCGUUUGUUGUAACCAAUUUGUGCGUACAGUCAUUUUUGGCCGUUUUCUGGCAUUUGGGAGCAAGCGGACAAUUCUCCAUUGCUCCCAUACAUUACCAGAUUUUCACUCUAACCAGUCUGAUGGGAAUGCCAAUCCUUGCAGAUUCCAGCUUCACAGCGCAUGUUUUCCCUACCUCCUUGUCAGAGCACAUAUGUAUUCAUUUCUGACUUGACACAAUUUGAUAAAUCCACAGGUAGGUCUAAUUAUUUCACUUGCGACUUGGUGAGGAGACCUGGAAAACAUGUGCUGUUAGGGCAGUGUGUCCCACCCACACAUUGCAUGCGUCCCGAUUGUUAGGAAUUUGGUGGGCGUUCCUAUGAGGUAAUGGGUGUUGCUAAGCAGAUGCGGGCGUGUCGCUGUAAGCGGCUGUGUCCAGACACGCCACACGGAGAAACUGUACCUGCCAUAGAGCUGCUGGAAGUUUCGAUGGUGCGUCUGAAGAUGCACUGAGACGAAAGUGCACCGCAACAAGUGGGCGUCUCAGUAUUAAUUAAAUUGGUGGCGGCAUUAGCGUAAGACGCGCCCUCAUCUGAGCGCGACAUUAUACAGGCAGAUUGGGGAGUGUACACAUUUCAGACCUUGUGCAUUGGCCAGAGAGGAACCAAGUCCUGCCCUCCGUAAGCCCGUACGACACCCCCCCCCCCCCCUCCCGCACACCCCCCUUACUGACACUGGGCUUCUUUUAAAAGAUUUCAUUUUAACAAGAUUUAAAGCUCUAAUGUAUUUCAAUAUCACGUUGUUCUGUUUGUGAUUUGUCUGUAAAUGUAAUGACUUUGUGUUCAAA